GCUUCCAUACAAUUUGGUAAAUGUAGGUCAAGAAGUGUUGAUGUUUAUAUUACACCUGCAAGAACAAUCCAUCUCCAUGUGCACCUCUUUCCCUAUAUGAAUACACGAAGAAGAUUAUUUUACGCCCGUACAAUGAAAGACAUGUAUUAUAUGAAUUACUAGUCAGGGAUAGGACUAUGUUUUCAUUCUGACUUGCAUAAAUCUCGCGAGAUGUCAUUAUCGUCGCGUGAUGUAAGAUGGACGACAGAAUCAGGAACUUCGCAAAAAUUUAUAAAUAAUGAUGUAUAGUUGUGAUAGGAAUCGUGUAUAGAAUUAAUUUUUGAAAUCGAAAUGGGAGGCAAAGAAUCCAAGCUUCAGUACUUUCCGUUUGAAGAGGCAUGCAAGAGGAUGAGGGACGCAGAACUGAAACGGUCAAAAGAUGCCUUCAAACGAGUGGCCACUCUCGGGGGACAGAUGUCGGACAUUGUUUUCUGUCGAGAAGUUCUGGGAGAUGGAGUUCCGGCUGGCAUUGCUAAUCUUCUAUACAGAGGAUUUGGGGGUACCUCUAAAGGGCUGUCAAUGAAGGACUUGUUGUGUGGUCUGGUUAUCCUCACCAAAGGCUCUGCAGAGGAGAAAAUAAAAUUGCUGUUUGGGAUGUACGCUGAUGACAGUUACUCCUAUGUACAGAAGGAUGAGAUGGAUAAACUGGUUCUGGAUUCUGAGGGACAAAUCUCCAGCGCUCUCUCAGACCUCUUCUUGGAGAAUGAUCAAGUCACUUUUGAUUAUUUUCGACUGUGGGUGAAAGCACACCCUGAUGCCACAGAAAUGACCAAAUGGCUUCUGAUGGAGCCCAUGACAGUCAGCCUCUCUGAUGAUACAGACACACCCACUUUCUACCAGACACUUGCGGGUGUCACCCACUUGGAGGAGACAGACAUAAGUGAGCUAGAAAAAAGAUACUGGGUUCUGAAAUCCCAAUCCAAAAGUGGGAAAUUUGACCUUGACACAUUCAAGGCCAUGGUCUGUCCACCAGUUCCAGAUGCUAUAUGUGAAAGUCUCUUCCAUGCCUUUGAUGAAAACCGAGAUAAUCAUAUUGACUUCAAAGAAAUGGCAUGUGGGAUUUCAGCUUGUUGCAGAGGGCCUGGGACAGAGAGACAAAAAUUUUGCUUCAAAGUGUUUGAUGUCAAUCAUAAUGGCAAGUUGUGUGAGAAGGAAAUAGUACAGAUGGUGGAGGCCCUGCUGAGAAUACGAGAGGGGAACCAGCCAACAGACACCAUGGAAUAUGAUCCUUUUUACAAAAUGGACCCAGAUACUGUUGCGAAAGAAAUCCUGGCAAGUCAUGAUGGUGACAAGGAUGGCUGUAUUACACAAGAGGAAUAUCUGGUGUGGACUGUCAAUAAUGCUUUGGCAGACAAUUUUCUAGAUUUACUCAGUCAGAUAUGUCAUCUGAUUAUGGGACUGAAACCCAAAGCAAAGGAAGAAGAAGGGGAAAUAAUCAAAGAGUGGCUUCAGAGAGAAUCCAAGAGGUCUUUUGAAGUAGGACAGGUCUGGUACCUGAUUAGCAUGACUUGGUGGAAUUCAUGGUUUGACUACGUUUCUCCACAGAUUCAGUUAGUAAAUGGUAGAUUAGAUAAUGGGGAGGGCGAUAGAGUGAAUGGAACAGAAGCUCUACACAGAAUCACCAAAGGCAAGCAUGCGUCUAAAGCUCUACCCUGGGAUGAUGACUCGGUUAUAAUUGUCAAUAUGAUCACAAAGGGAAAGAACUCGGAAUUCAACACUCAGAUUAAUGGAGGUUUCAAAUCCAGCACAAUUCCACAGAGAUCUCAGUCUGCCUGUAGUAGUCCAAUCAAAACUUGUUUGUCUGCAUCAGACUCGAAUGGAUUGACGAGCAUUAGUCCAGGUCCCUCCCCAAAACUUCGCAAGAAAGGCCUGCAGCAGACGCCUCCACUCCCAGUCAAACCAGGACCAAUAGACAACACCAACCUCAUCACGCCCAGUAAUUCAAAGGUAAUGAGUUUAACCAAUGAGGGAGGCAGACUCCGCAGAGACGUUAUGUUGGUGAGGGGUAAGGAUUUUGAACUGGUGCCUGAGGUUAUAUGGAGGGCGUUGUCCACCUGGUAUGGAGGAAAUAUUGCACUUCCCAGAACAGUGAUAGCCUCCAAGAAUAACAAUGGCAGUCCUGAGCUGGAGUUAUACCCUAUUACAGUCAAGUUGUUACGGCACCAAGUCAUUCCUCAACGCCCCACCCCUACCUCAUUCUCUGGAGUCAUGUCCGGCAUUGGUGGCAUGGCACUCAGUAUGACAAGCUAUGUCUCCAAUGCCCCACCCAUACCCAGGCGUUAUGUCGCUUUCACUGCAACCUUCAGCAAACAACACACCAUUCAACAAAUUUAUGAAUUUCUUUGUACAAAAGUCCGAUUUAUCAGAGAGGACAUUCGGUUAUGGAAAAUUGGAAGUAAAGAUGACAGCAUGACACUUCUAGAAGAUGAAUCCAUGACAGUUGAAGAAUGCGGGGUAGAAGAAAAUCAAUCUGUAUUGAUAGAGGUUCGAAAUAAAGACCUGACAUGGCCAGAAGAGAUGUCUCAGUUGGCAAAGAAUAAAACGGGAGCAAGAAAAGAACAAGUACCAACUCACAAAGGAGCUACAGGGCUGAACAACCUUGGAAACACUUGUUUUAUGAAUGCUGCUGUACAGUGCGUAUCCAACACUUGGCCUUUAACACAGUAUUUCAUUGGAGGGCUACAUCUGUUUGAACUAAACAGGUCAAACCCCCUAGGGAUGAAGGGACAUAUUGCUCAGAGAUACGGGGAACUAGUCAAGGAUCUCUGGAGUGGAACUUCGAAAACCAUCGCUCCUCUUAAACUAAGGUGGACCAUUGGUAAAUAUGCACCACGUUUUAAUGGCUUUCAACAGCACGACUCUCAGGAAUUACUAAGCUUUCUGUUAGAUGGUCUCCAUGAAGACCUCAACAGGGUCCAUGUAAAACCUUAUGUUGAGCUGAAGGACAGUGAUGGCAGACAGGAUGAAGUGGUCGCUGAAGAGGCAUGGGAAAACCACUUACGGAGAAAUCAAUCAAUUAUAGUUGAUCUCUUCCAUGGCCAGUUGAAGUCCCAGGUGCGCUGUAAAGAAUGUGGACACUUGAGUGUUCGAUUUGACCCCUUUAAUUACCUCUCUCUCCCCCUCCCAAUGGACAGCUGCAUACAUCUCGAAGUCAUAGUGACGAGACUAGAUGGAUCAGUGCCAAUCAAGUAUGGAAUCCGGCUCAACAUGGAUGAAAAAUACAAAGCCCUAAAGAAAGAGUUGAGCAACCUAACUGGUAUUCCCACCGGACAAAUCCUGUUUGUUGAAAUCAUGGGACCAAUUGUCAAGGCAUUACCACAGGAUAACCACAAAGUGAAGACCCUGAUAGGAGGAGUGUUGUAUGCAUAUGAACUCCCUCCUCAUGAGGAGAUCAAACCCAUGACAAUCGAAGAAGAAAAAGGAACUGCUCCCAAAAACUCUGUGGGACUCAAUGACAUUCAGCGCGGACUAGCCACAAAGAAGAUUCAACAGAAAUUAGAAAAUGGUCCUUCCUCAAUGUCCAAUUCUUUGACUGUGGAGGACUCCUCAGCUAACAACACUCCCACACAUUCCCGCCAACCCAGUGAUGUUCCCACUAUGGGCAGUCUCCAACCCACCCCAGAAAACCCUGCUCCCAAAGCCACUGCUGAAAUUUUCUCAGGCUUUGCCAUUGGAGUUCACAGGAAAAUGAAUCUGAUGGAUGUGUAUUUCGUGUCCUCACAAAAGGCCCGCCCUGGAUUGUUCGGGACCCCCAUCAUCCUUCCCUGUGUGGAGGAUACAACCAACCAGGACCUGUACCAGUUUGUGUGGACCCAGGUGUCCAGGUUGGUCAGCCCACUGCCACCUUCUGAGGCCAAAUCAGCCAACCAUGCACAGGACUGUGAUGACAGCUUAGGAUAUGAGUACCCCUUCACACUGAAAGUUGUCAAGAAAGAUGGCCUGUCUUGCGCUUGGUGUCCCUGGUAUAGAUUUUGUCGGGGAUGUAAAGUGGAAUGUAAUGCUGAGGAUUUCAACUUUGGGAGUUCGUUUUUGGCAAUUGACUGGGAACCAACAGCUCUACAUUUACGAUAUCAAACAGCUUUAGAAAGGUUAUAUGAGGACCAUGAUAGUGUGGAAGAAAGCAGAAAGAAGCAGACAGAGCCCAUUAAUUUGGACACGUGUUUGCAGGCCUUCACCACGGAGGAGGAACUGGGGGAGGAUGAGCUCUACUACUGCUCCAAGUGUAAAAAGCAUUGUCUGGCCUCCAAAAAACUCGACAUCUGGAGGCUGCCUCCGAUACUGAUUGUAAACCUUAAAAGAUUCCAGUUUUUAAAUGGCCGAUGGGUGAAGUCCCACAAAAUUGUGAAUUUUCCAAUCGAAGACUUUGAUCCUUCCAGUUAUUUAGCUCCCCGGGCACCAUCAAGUGCUAGUGAACAAUCUGUGACAUGUAUGUGUAAUAGUUCUGCUGAAGUAGACCGCGUGCCAAAUAGAGACAUUCCAGACCAUGACAGUGCACAGAUGGAAAUGGAAGAAGUGAAUUCCGAAGUCUCGCUAUGUAAGAAAUGUCAGCUCACUCAGAACAUUCCUCCAACUGCUGAAGAUCCGAUCAAUUACAAUUUAUCCUCUAUGUCGUGUCAUACAGGAAUCUUGGGUGGAGGCCAUUAUGUCUGCUAUGCCAAAAACCCAAACCAAAAAUGGUAUUGCUACAAUGACAGUAGUUGUAAGGAGUGCACUAUAGACCAGAUGGAUUAUAAUUCUGCCUACAUCUUAUUCUACGAGAGGCAGAGUAUAGACUUCAGUCACUUCAUACCAGAUGUAGACGGCAGAGAACCUGAUCUCCAGGAAAUUGACGAUGAAUUUGAGUCCGACUUAAAAAAAGCGUGUGUACUUCAAUGAUUGUAGGCAAAUGAAUCCAAGCUCAUGGCAAGUCUUGAUUAUGGAAUUAUUCCAGUGUAUUGGAGAAACCAGUGAGAGUAAAAGUUCAGAUAUUCCAAAGUGUCUCUUGCCACAGUGCUACAGGAAAUCUGAAAUCCAAAAAUAUGAUGCAUAUUAGUGAACAGUUGAUUUUCUUUCCAGUAAUGUUUUUUUCAUUGGAUAUUGAAGAUGUUUGUAAUUUUGUUAUUUCAAACCAGUGAUACAUGUGUUGUCCUGAGAGAGAACUAGAUGUUUAUUUUCAUUCCUUGGGUUUUUUUGGGGUGUGUGUGUGUUUAUCUGUUGAUGUGUGUGACUGUAUGAGCAUUGGUGUAAAAAUUAACAUGCAUGAAAGAGGAGUGAAAAGUAAUGAGAAUUUUUUUCAGCUGAUUUGAAAAUAAUGGAAUUUUGGACACACUGUUAACAGACCAAAUUAUUUAAACCAUGUGUGAUUCAUCAUGCCUUCUGCAAAUAAGAUAUUUUCUUUUAUCAGCAUAUCUCAUCUUUGCCUAUUUGCCAUCCCACUUCCAUUAUUUUCAAGAAAAUCUCUUUAAAAGUUGAUAAACUACUGGUGUACAUUUACUUAAAUCAUUUAACAUUAUCUACUUAGGUUUUGUGUUAAGAUAAUGCUGUUUUUAUUUUGCCUAAGUUCCAUUGGAUAAUCUGUGCCUUAUGGGAAUUCAUACUUAUGAUAAAUCUGUGUCACAUCUAAUGAUGAAAACUAGCAAAAACUACGGACCGAAAGUUUUUUUUAUCUCCAAAUGUUAAUUAAAUAUUUCCCCAUGUACAUACUGUAAACCAAGCCUUGUUUGCGGGUGAGAAAUUUUCGCAAGAACCGUGUCGUCGUCAAUACUUCCCACUGCAAAACAGUCAUGUGAUGUCUCCCAUAUUUAUUUAAGAUUUAUCUCUGUCACCAUUAACCAGUUUAUCACUAAUAAAUCGUGAAAUAGUCGUCUUACAUAAAAGCUGGUUUACAGCAUAAAGAAUAUUUAUUUAAGUAAUAUGUAUAUAUGAUGACAAUUGUGACUGGGACAGGCAAUUUUCUGUAAGCAUUUUAAUAAGGGAUUUGAAGUAUGGUCCAUGUAUUUUUGUCAUUAUUUGGUAUCAAAUUCUCUGGAAAAAUUGCUUAAUCCAGUCGAUUCAAAAUGAUUGCAGCUAUGUUUAUUUGUUAUUGAUAGGAUUUAGAAUACACAAAGUAUAUCUGGCAAAAAGUCCACCGGAAGCAAAUAUAAGGACAAGCAUUACUUCAGCUGUUUGAAAAUUCCCCUGGUCUUCACUAUUGACAAGGUGUAUAACUCCUGCUAAUUGUGCUGAAUAUCUGUUCAGUUGAACUACAUUUGAUUGAAUUUAAAGAAUUGAUCGAACAUAAUGGAGACAAUCAUUGGCACACUUACAGUAAACAUUUACAUGCUACUUAAACUUAAAAAACUUUCAUCUUGCUAUGAUUCUCAGCAUUAUCUUUUGUAAAAUCAAUUUGCAGGAAAAAUUUUUUUGGAUGACUUAUUUUUUGGCAAUUCUUUUUGUAACCUUAUCGUAUGAUUUAUGUGCUUAUAAAUGGAGAUAUUUUUUUCUAAAUUUCAAUUUUAUUAUGUGUCUGAUGACAAAUUGAGUAAAAAGUUGUUAUAUAAACAUACUGCUUUCAAAAUUGUCUGAAAUUUCAUUGUUUAGGAAUAUAUUCAGCUUUUAAUCAGAUCUUGAAGAUACUUCACAAUAUUUAGAAUUGAUCUGUAAAUUCUGUUAGCAUGCAUUUUCAAGGUUUACUUUUCUUUUCAAUAGGAAUUCCUGCCUCGCUAUAUAAGAAAUUUUUCUGUAUUAAAAAAGGAUUACUUUUCUGAUUAAGUUACACAGUUAUGUUUUCUUUUGCAGUUAGUUGUAGUUCACUGCUGAAAUUUUGUUUGAUUGAUGGGACUAUUUUCACAAAUUGAAAAAUUUCCCUACAACAGAUUUUGUACUCUAAAAGCACCAAUUUUCGAAUUCCUCAGUUUUGAAAUGCAGGUGAAAAUAAUAUGUCAUAGGAUUUUCUUGGUCUAUUUCUAAUCAUUUGUAUUUAUUAAUUACAAUUACAGUCUCUGAUUGGUUAGUGUUGACAUGUUAAAGGACUGUGUAAGGACAGAAAUGAUGACAUUUGUCCAUUGUAUUUUAGUGUGGAAAGAAUGUAUGUGUUGUGUGUUCAGUAGAAGAGACUCUGUUGAAUGGAUUACUUGUAGAUUGUUGCAAGCAUUGUCUUUCACGAAAAGUGUAUUACUGUCCGUGAAUAUUCUAGUCUUACUGCUUUGUUCAUGACAGUGAAGAGGCACUGAGUUACAGCUAGAGACCUGACCAUCUUCAUAUAAGUACUUGGGUGGGAAAUAAAAGGCAAUCUGAGAAUGCAAUGAGAUUUUCAAGUCAAUCAAGUGUAAUGACAUUGUAAUUGCAUGUAUUUGAUCAGCAUGUGAUACUAUAUACUCAAGAGUAAAUCAGCAUGAAUAUUGUUGAAAUGCCAGGAAAUUUUGAUGAUACAUAUAACUGUAAAUAUCAGUAAUUUUGUAUUGAUUUCGUCUUUGACCUUGAAAAUUUUUGUUAUAUCAAUGUUGCCUACCUCAUGAUUGGUGUGUUAAUGUCAGUUUGUGAAUUAUCUUAAUUCAAUUUUCAGUUCUGUGUUUGUGUAACAUAAUUGUAACAGCUGUGUUAUACCACUAAUUUAAAAAAGUGUGAAGAAUUGUAAUGUUGUGUGUAUAAUGUUUAACUUAUGUAUUUAUUACACCGGUAUGCUUUUUGGAUUCUGUCUGAAAAUUUAUCUAAGAAAACAGAAAAAUGGACCACAUCUGUAGUCUGAAAAUAGAACAUGGUUACUAUUCAAUUGUGAUACAUACAGCAUUUGAUUAACAUAUGAAUAAAAAAUUCCAGUUUUUGGCAUAUUUGUGGUUUCAUUAAGUUUCAUAGGCAUCAAAUUUUGUGGUUUUGCCAAAUGAUACAAUUUUGUUGAUACAUAAAUUAAUGAAGACGUUCCCCCAUGAUCAUUUAAAAUAAGAAUUUGCUCAACCAUGAAAAUUUAUGCUCAAACGAUGAUUCUACAGUAAUCCAGAUAAGUGCACAUCCACGUGGCACUGCUGUACAGUACAUUAUGCUUUUGAAAUUUUAAUGUGUGUUGAGGUUCUUUGUAUAACAUUUUGUGAUCAGGAUUAAAUAUGUACACAAGAUUUCCUUUUUCCAAUUUUGAUAGCUCUUCAAAGAAUGACUCGUAUAUUUGUAGGAAUUGUGAAUCUGUUUAAUUUACGUGUAUCAAGCCUUAUUUUUUGGUGCAGUGUAUCAUUUUCAGGAUGGGACAAUUUAUUGGUUUAACGGUGAUGAGAAAGGCAGACGAAACAGUACAUGUAUUCAUGUAUGCUUCUCCCAUAUUCAAAUUCUCACCACCAACACUUUUUCUGCUGUGUCAUUUCAUUCUCUUGAUCACAAUCAUGCCAAACUAAAAAGAAAUUUCAAUAUUGCAUUAUUGUUUCUUAAUAUGCUAAUUAGUUACUAUUUACUAACUAAAUUCUGCUGGUCUCUUUGGAUUUUGAAAUCCACAAGUUUGUGCGAAAAUUAAAUCUACCGAAUGGUAAAAAACCAAUCAUUUUUUCAUAUGAACAGGCGUUUCUAAGGUUUUUGUAUUUUUUCAAUGUAAAAGUAGGUUUUGAUUACUGUGAAUAGAUAUCCAUUGAAAAUUUCACAAAUACAAUGAUUGUUGUUAGAUACAGUAAUUGUACAGUUUGUUAUGUUAGAUAUGGUAAUUUUACGAUUCGUUAGAUAAGGUCAUUUUACGAUUCGUUAAAUAAGGUCAUUUUACGAUUCGUUAGAUAUGGUAAUUGUAAAUUUGUUACUUGUUGACUGUGAUUCUGUGUAUAAACUUGUGAUUUGUCCCGUAUAGUUGAUUGCAGAUAUCUGUGAUAUUUAGUCAGUUUUUUGUUGAUGCUUUUUAUUCCACAAUAGUAGGAAGCAUCUUUGUCAUUCCUAUAUUCAUUAAAAUAUCAAAAAUACCUAAAA